AUGGAUGUUCCUCAACUCUCCGAAGAUGAGAUGGCGGAGAUUAAAAAAGACGUGCUGACCCGCAUGCGGCACUACCUCUGCGAAAAGAUCCGAGCACGCUGCCACCUGGAUUACUUGCGUUCCCGUCGCAUCCUGACCCGAGACGACGCCGAGGAGAUCAACAGCAAGAGUACGCAGACCAGCAGAACCGGUUGGCUGCUGGACAUUCUCACCGAGAACCCACGCGGCCUCGACGUCCUGAUUGAUUCCAUUCGGGAGCUACGCUCACAAAAUUUCGUCAUCCACAAAAUCACAGAUGAGGUGCAGAAAGCCAAGAAUGAGAAGCUGGAGUCUCUAAGAGCUGCAGCUUCCAGUUCCUCACCCAGGAGCAGCAUCACCCCUUCAUGCACCAGCCAGGACCUCUCCAAUACAUUUUCAAACGACUCCACCUUGCUCUUCCAGCCUGACGGACAACGAAGCCCCUGCACUUUGACCAUCGGCGCCCUCCCCAGCGUUAACUCGCUGCCAAACGGCGGCGUUCUGACAUCCGUUGGUUCCGCCGCAACCUCCUCCAGCCUCCCUAAGCCAGGAGACCCUGGAGCUCCCCCACUGCCUGAGGAGGAUGAGCUGCUGGUGGUGUCCCCCUCCAACGUAGGAGCGGUGUCACCCGGGUCUACCAGCAGUGGGGCGGACAACAACUUUCAACCCCUCCGCUCGCGAUGUCUCACUUCUGCGUCACACCAGAGCAACUUUUACUUAAAAUAG